CCGGCAGCGUCCGGAAGACUGUACAGGGAAAGAGCAGGUCCAAACUGUGUGCCCAAUUCUUGCCGACGGCUUCCUGGGACAACUUAUUUUAGGGAACCAACACCAUGGCAUCGGGCUGCAAGAUUGGCCCGUCUAUCCUUAACAGUGACCUAGCCAGUUUAGGGGCCGAGUGUCUCCGGAUGUUAGACUCCGGGGCCGAUUAUCUGCACCUGGAUGUGAUGGACGGGCAUUUUGUUCCCAACAUCACCUUUGGUCACCCUGUGGUAGAAAGCCUCCGAAAGCAGCUAGGCCAGGACCCUUUCUUUGAUAUGCACAUGAUGGUGGCCAGGCCUGAACAGUGGGUGAAGCCAAUGGCCGUAGCAGGAGCCAAUCAAUACACCUUUCAUCUUGAGGCCACUGACAACCCAGGGGCUUUGAUCAAAGAUAUCCGAGAGAAUGGGAUGAAGGUUGGCCUUGCCAUCAAACCCGGAACUACUGUUGAGUAUUUGGCACCAUGGGCAAAUCAAAUUGAUAUGGCCUUGGUCAUGACAGUAGAGCCUGGGUUCGGAGGACAGAAAUUCAUGGAAGACAUGAUGCCAAAGGUUCACUGGUUGAGGACCCAGUUUCCAUCUCUGGAUAUAGAGGUCGAUGGUGGCGUAGGUCCUGACACUGUCCAUAAGUGUGCAGAGGCAGGAGCUAACAUGAUUGUGUCUGGCAGCGCCAUUAUGAGGAGUGAAGAUCCCAGAUCUGUGAUCAACUUACUAAGAAAUGUUUGUUCAGAAGCUGCUCAGAAACGUUCUCUUGAUCGAUGAGACCACAAGAAACCCAGUGUUUAUGUUCAUGAAACCUUUUCACUGGAAAACAAGAACACAGACUACCAGAUCACAUCACAAUUGAGGCAGUGCUGCUUUCCUGAGCAAUUAUUCCAGUGAUUCAAAUCUUUUGUACAGAAUGUUCUAAGAGGUUAGAACUUGGUAUUACCUAUAUUUUAGUGAUACAAUUUACAGAUUAGAGUGAAAUACCGUUUUUAUGGGAGAAUUGAUUUUUAUAGCAUAAAAAUACGGCUAUUAAAGUUAUAAACAAAUGUGUCUUACUGCCUAAGGAGGGCAUAUUAACUUCUAUGAAAAAAAUUUUUUUUAAAAAAGGAAUGUUCUAUUGUUUAUCAGCCGUUCUGUAAAAGCAAAGGGAAUCUUUGUUUUUCCUAAUUCAUACUGUAUUUCUGAUUUGUUUAUAAACUUGAUGAUAUGAGUAGAGUAGAACUAAAACGUACAAGCUUGGGUGGGAUGGCAAGCCAUAGUCUUGCAUGGAAGGAAGAUUUUUCACUUUCAUCUACUCAGUUCAUUAAAAAUGAUAAAAGCAGUGUAUGAAACCCAGGGAUUCUAAAAUGCAAAUGCGGGUUUUAUCAAGAUGUUUGCAUCGUCAAAGCAGGCUAUUCAGUGAUUCCUUCCAGCUCCUUGUUCUUUAAAUCUCACCCGCAAUUCUUGAGAGUGCUGAAUUCUGCUCUGUUAGCUCUGUACAGAAAGGAAAAGUAAGCCUUCAUUUGGAAUUUCCAUUGUGUUGAAUGAAUUCUGACUCUGUCCCUUUCUAGCUGUUUGACCUUAGCAAACCACCCAUCUUUUUUGUACUUCUAACUCACUUAAAUGUUGAAUAUCCCAUAACUGUAACAACCAUGCAGGUAAAGCUUACAAUACUAUUUGUAGAACUUAGAGGAUGCUCAACAUAAAAGUGGCUAACAUUACAUGAGUUUAUGUUUUGUUGUUUAUAGAGUAUUUUUAUAUAGUCUCAUUAAACCUAUAAAUUAUUCCUGUAAUUGGUA